AAGUCCCUCAUCUCCUGAAAGCCUAACAAAAAUGAAAUUCCUUACACUGAUCGCUACUCUUCUUGUGCUUUUCGCUGCAACCGACGCUUACUAUACAUAUUAUUACUACCCAAACAACAACUACAACAACAACAAUGGCUACACGACAUACUACUACUACCCGAAUAAUAACAAUAAUGGAUACUACUACAAUAAUGGAUGCUCUGGAUGCAACAGUAAUGGAUACACUACUUACUAUUACACCUGGGGAAAGAGAUAAUUGCGAAUAUUUAUUUUGAUAUUUGUCUGGAAUUGUACAAAUAAAUUAUUUU